ACAGGAAGUGGUCGGAUCGUUCCGGAAAAAACUCCUAUUACACCAUUACACGUGCUUUGGCCUUUUCCGUCUUCGUCUGACAAUGGCCAGCCGCAAAGAAUCAGCAGCUUCGGGCUCCAAUCCACUGGAUACCCCGGUGAAACAGAUCCAGAUCGAUGGGCUGGUGGUGUUGAAGAUCAUUAAGCACUACCAGGAGGAGGGCCAGGGCAGUGAGGUGGUUCAGGGUGUUCUGCUUGGCCUGGUGGUUGAAGACCGUCUGGAGAUCACGAACUGCUUCCCCUUCCCCCAGCACACCGAAGAUGAUGUCGACUUCGAUGAAGUUCAAUACCAGAUGGAGAUGAUGAGGAGUCUCCGGCAUGUGAACAUCGACCAUCUCCACGUCGGCUGGUAUCAGUCCACGUACUACGGCUCUUUUGUCAGCCGAGCCCUGCUGGACUCGCAGUUCAGCUACCAGCAUGCAAUCGAAGAGUCUGUGGUGCUUAUUUAUGAUCCCAUCAAGACCGCGCAAGGCUCUCUCUGUCUGAAGGCCUACAGGUUGACCCCCAAACUAAUGGAGAUCUGCAAGGAGAAAGACUUCUCUCCGGAGGGGCUGAAGAAGGCUUGCAUUGGCUACGAGCACAUGUUUGAGGAAGUCCCCAUCGUCAUCAAGAACUCUCAUCUCAUAAAUGUGCUCCUGUUGGAUCUGCAAGAGAAGAGUACGGUGGCUGACAAGCACGAGCUGCUCAAUCUGUCAAGCAGUAACCACCUGGAAAAGAGCCUUCAGCUGCUGAUGGACCGCAUGGAUGACAUGAGCCAAGAUAUCGGCAAGUACAAUACGUACUGCCGCAACCUCAGCAAACAGCAGCAGCAGAAGCAGCAGUAUCUCCAAAGGAGGCAGCAGGAAAACGCCCAGCGGCAGAGUCGUGGAGAGCCUCCGUUACCGGAAGAAGACAUCAGUAAGAUGUUCAAACCUCCGCAGGCGCCUGCACGCAUGGACACGCUCCUCAUCGCAGGACAAAUCAACAACUACUGUCAGAACAUUAAGGAGUUCACCUCGCAGAACCUUGGGAAACUCUUCAUGGCAGAGGCACUGCAGGGCCACAGCAGCUAGAGAGACGAAACAGAGCGACGCAUCUGCCUUUCCCCAUCUCUAACCUCCAACAGAAACCAUUAUAAUGAGCUUAAGGGAAGAUCUUGUGCAGAUGUUUUGUAAUUUGUACAAUAAAGAUGUAUGCGUCUCUCAUUGCCGCCUUUUUGAUGCUUAUUCAUUAUCCAAGUUGCAGCAUAUGUGCUGAAGAAUCCUGCUGUCUGAUUGUUGAAAUAAACUGGUAAUACCAUUGAA